CAGUUUAACUAACUGUGUUUCCCAGGUGGGCGGGACAAACGCGGCGGACCAAUCCUGACCUUCCCUGCCAGGACCAAUCAUGAUCGAAUAAAACAGGAAGACCUCAGUCGACUGGUCACAUACCUGUCGACCGUACCAAGCGAGGACGUGGGUGCGCGGGGCUUCACCGUGGUGGUGGACAUGCGGGGCAGUAAGUGGGACAGCGUGAAGCCGGUUCUACGGACGCUGCAGGAGUCGUUUUCCUCCAACAUCCACACGGCGCUGCUCAUCAAACCCGACACCUUCUGGCAGAAACACAAAACCAACCUGGGCAGCGCCAAGCUCAGCUUCGAGACCAGCCUGGUCUCGGUGGAGGGUCUCUCCCGGCUCGUCGACCCCUCCCAGCUCACAGCCGACCUCGGUGGCUCGUUGGAGUACGACCAUGUGGAGUGGACCGAGCUGCGUCUGGGUCUGGAGGAGUUCUCGGGGGCCGCCUCACAGCUGCUGGCCCAGCUGGAUCAGCUGGAGGCCGGGCUGAACCGCAUACCAGAGCCUCAGGACGUGGACGAGGCCCGCAAACUCCUGGAGGAACAUGGACGUCUCCGUAACACCAUCACCACUGCUCCUGUCGACGCUCUUGAACGAGAGGGGCGGAGCUUGUUCCAGCGAAUGCGUCUUGGCCCCACCCACGGGGACGCUUCAACAGAAGGCGGCGGUGGAGGCGGUAGUCACGGCAGCUGGUUGUCAGGCGGGGCGGACUUCCAGAGUGUCGCACCAAAGGUUUCCUCCCUGCUGGACCGGAUGCAGGCGGCUCGCACUCACCUGCUGCAGAGCUGGAGCGACAGGAAGCUGCACCUGGACCAGGCGCUGCAGCUACACCUGUUUGAGCAGGACGCCACCAAGAUGUCGGAGUGGAUCGCUCACAGUAAAGAGUUGUUCGUGCAGAGUCUGGUGGAGGUUGGCCAGAACCACCAGCACGCCCUCGACCUCCAAACGCAACACCAGCACUUCACCGCCAACUGCAUGAAUGGCAGCGUGAACGUGGACAGCGUGGUUACCGUGGCAGCGAGGCUGGCGGAGGCGGGUCACUACGGGGCGGAGCGUAUCGCCCUCGUGUCGUCACGGUUACAGGAAGACUGGAAAUCCCUAACGACGGCGCUGGAAGAACGUAGCAACACGCUUGCCAUGGCAACGGGCUUCCACCAGGGGGCGGAGCAGUUCCUGCUGAGAGUAGAGGGCUGGGUUCAGGUGUGCUCUGAAGGCCCGUUGCCAUCGGCGACAGCAGAGCUAGAAGCUGCAACAAAGAAACACCAGGAGCUGAACGAGGAGAUCUCUGCUAACUACACACAGGUCAGUGAAAGCGGUAAAGCCUUACUGGAAGUCCUCCAGCGUUGCACAGCGACUGAAUCUGAUGACUCGACGACCAAACCAGACUUCACAGCCGCCACGCACGGCAUCAUGGGAGUUCUGCACCAGGUCAUGCAGGGUCAUCACGAGGUGGAAGGGGCGUGGCAGCAUCGUAAACUCCGCCUCCACCAGCGUCUGCAGCUGUGUGUGUUUCAGCAGGAUGUGAGACAGGUGUUGGACUGGGUGGAGCAGCACGGUGAGGUUUUCCUGAACAAACACAGCGGCGUGGGGAAAUCUCUGCACCGAGCGCGAGCACUGCAGAAACGCCACGAUGACUUCCAGCAGGUCGCACAGAACACUUACACUAAUGCAGAGAAGCUUCUGGAAGCAGCCGACCAGCUGGCUCAGUCUGGAGAGUGUGAGGAGGAGGAGAUCUACCAGGCAGCUCGAGACCUGGAGCUCCGCAUGCAGGCGUUUAUUCAGAGAGUCGAGCAGAGGAAGCUGCUGCUGGACCUCGCUGUGUCGUUCUACACACACACCAAGGAGCUCUCCGUGUGGAUGGAGGGCCUUCAGAAGCAGCUCUCCUCAGACCUCUGUGUGUGUCCGGACUCAGUCGAGGCGUUGCAGACCUUGAUCUCUCAGCAGCAGACGCAGCAGGUCAACACACAGGAAGCUGCUAUGAGCGUCAUCCGGGAAGGAGAAGACCUCAUCCUGCAACUCAGGCCCCAGGGCAGCUCGGUGGCUCACGUGGAGUCGGUGCUGCAGCAGCUGGAGGAGUCUCAUGUUCAGCUGGAGGAACUUUUCCACCAGAGGAAGAUCCGAUUAGAUGUUUUCCUGCAGCUCCGCAUCCUGCACCAGUGCACGCUGGAGGUGACCGGGGAGAUGGACGCCUGGAAGCAGGACCUCCAGAAACAGUCCCAGGACUUCUCUGCAGAGAAGUUAGCAACGCCACGACAUUCUGACACAAACCAGGACAAGCUCGUCCAGGACAAGCUCGCACUGGGACAAGCACGGCUAGUGGAGGCUAGCCCUGAGGUGCUAACACUUGCACAGCAGCGGAUCCACAGGCACAUGGAGCGACGGCUGGCCAUGAACAAUAUGAUCUACGAGGUCAUCCAACAAGGUCAUGACCUUCAGCAGUACAUCAAUGAGGUCCAGGCUUCAGGUAUCGAGCUAUCAGAGGCAGAGGGGGGUCUCUCCUCUCAGGUGGAGGAGCUGCAGCGCCUCCUGCAGGACAAACAGAAGGAGCUGCAGCAGAUUGCGGAUCACACACACACACACCUGGAGCAGAACCUGCAGCUGAGACACCUGCAGAGCCAGGUCAAACAGGUGCUGGGUUGGAUCUCGGAGGGGGAGGUCAUGUUGUCGUCCUGCAUGUUGAACUCCAGCUGUUUAUCUGAAGCUGAGCAGCUGCAGAGGGAGCAUGAGCGCCUCCAGCAGGCCAUCGAGGCUCUGCUGCACGCCGACUCCCUGCAGAGGACUCAUCAGGUGGCUCUGGCUCUGCAGCAGAGAGCAGAGCUGCUGGUCAGGUCAGGACAUUACGACCCAGAUGCAGUGAGGUCUUGUGCCCAGACGGUGGCGCUGCACUGGCAGACUCUGAUGCUGAGGAUAGAGGACAGACUCAAACUGGUGAACGCCUCGGCAGCUUUCUACAGGACGUCCCAGCAGGUGUGUGGGGUGCUGGAGAGUCUGGAGCAGGAGUACCGCAGGGAGGAGGACUGGUGUGGUGGAGGAGACAGACAGCCGGAACAACUGAUGCCGCUCAUCAACAAACACAUGGAGCAGAAGGAGGCGUUCCUGAAGGCCUGCACUCUGGCCAGACGAAACGCAGAAGUUUUCCUCAAGUACAUCCAUCGUAACAGUGUCACCAUGGCGAACAUCUCAGGCCACAGCAUCACCGUCUCCGGGGUAACCGAGGUCACAGGGCACUCCAGGGUACCGGAGCAGCAGGUCAAAGGUAUCCUCAGCGAGCUGCUGCAGAGAGAAAACAGAGUUCUUCAUUUCUGGACUUUAAAGAAACGUCGACUGGAUCAGUGCCAGCAGUACCUGAUGUUCCAGAGCCACGCCCAGCAGGCCAUGGAUUGGCUGCAGCAGUCAGGUGAUCAUUACCUGGUCUCGCACACGUCUGCGGGGGCAUCGGUUGCUGACACGCAAGAACUGCUGAACCAGCACAGAGAGUUCUGCGUGUCCGCCAAGCACACACAGGAGAAGGUUCACCUGCUCAUCCAAUUGGCUGAGAGCAUGCUGGCUAAAGGCCACGCCCACCGCACAGAGCUCCGUCGCUGCGUCUCCACGGUGGAUAAACGUUACCGCGACUUCAGCGUCAGGAUGGGACAGUACCGCCACCUGCUGGAGACGGCGCUGGGAGGAUGCUCACAGGACAAUAAGGACCUGGAGCUGGAGCUGAUCCCCAACAGUCUGUCUGACUCAGACCCGGAGGUGAACCUGUCCGACCCGAGUCAUCAGGUCAGCGACGAGAAGAGACGAUCUGCCAGAAAGAAGGAGUACAUCAUGGCCGAGCUCCUUCAGACAGAGAGGGUCUACGUCAGAGACCUGCAGGAGUGUAUCGAGACGUACCUGUGGGAGAUGACGAGCGGCUCAGAAGACGUCCCGUCCGGUCUCAACAACAAGGACGACAUCGUGUUCGGAAACAUCCAGGACAUCUACGAGUUCCACAACAGUAUUUUCCUGAAGGAGCUGGAAAACUACGAGCAGCUUCCAGAGGACGUCGGCCAUUGCUUCGUUACCUGGGCCGAUAAGUUCCACAUGUACGUGACGUACUGCAGGAACAAACCAGACUCCAGUUUACUCAUCCAGCAGCACGGCGCCGGAUUCUUUGAGGAGGUCCAGAGGAGACACGGUCUAACCAACUCCAUCUCCUCAGCCCUCAUCAAACCGGUGCAGAGGAUCACCAAAUACCAGCUGCUGCUGAAGGAGCUGCUGGCGUGCUGCGAGGAGGGGAAAGGCGAGAUUAAAGAAGGUCUGGAUGUGAUGCUGAGCGUCCCAAAGAGAGCUAACGAUGCUAUGCAUGUUAGCAUGCUGGAAGGUCUGGAGGAGGGUCUGGAGGUGCAGGGCGAGCUCCUCCUGCAGGACUCCUUUCUGGUCUGGGAGCCGAAGUCUCUGAUCCGGAAGGGGCGGGACCGACACCUCUUCCUGUUUGAGCUGUCACUCAUCUUCAGCAAAGAGAUCAAAGACUCGUCGGGACGAACCAAAUACCUUUACAAGAGCAGGCUGAGGACGUCCGAGCUCGGUGUGACGGAGCACAUCGAGGGCGACCCCUGUAAGUUCGCUCUGUGGGUCGGACGAACGCCGACGUCCGACAACAAGACGGUCCUGAAGGCGUCGUCGUUGGAGCUGAAGCAGGAGUGGGUCCGCAGCAUUCGACAGGUAAUCCAGGAGAGGCGGGGCCACCUGCGGGGGGCUCUGAGGGAGCCCAUCCCCCUCCCCAAGACACCAAACCCCACGCUGGGGCGACAGCGCAGCAUCAGCCGCAGGGAGACGAGCGAGGACGCAGACAGUCUGGGCGAUGCGAGCAGUCAGCCGGACACCGUCUCCAUCGCCUCGAGAACAUCACAGAACACCGCCGACAGCGACAAGCUGUCAGGAGGCUGCGAGUUAGUCGUGGUGUUGUUGGAUUUCUCCUCCGGGGGCGCCGGAGAGCUCAGCGUUCGCUGUGGUCAGACGGUGGAGCUGGUGGAGCGCUCUGCAGACCGGCCCGGGUGGUGUCUGGUCAGAACCACAGAUCAAUCUCCCCAACAGGAGGGUCUCCUCCCCAUGAGCGCCCUCUGUCUGUCACACUCCCACAGUGCAGCCGACAUGGAGGGGCUGGUGCCCGCCUCCACCACCUCCUCCAGCACGUCUUCUACAUCCACCACCACCUCCUCCAGCUGCAACUCCACCACCACCACCUCCUCAAACUCCUCCUCCACUGUCAGCGCCGGGAGGG